GCCGGAGCUUCUGACCAUGUGUCCCUCCUGUGAACCCACAGUGACCCGCCUGUUUUAUCUUCUCCCGCCUCAUGCAUUCUUUGAGCCUUGGUAACCAGGAUGUUUUGUCUGUUCAGACUCAAGGCGUUCAGUGGAACCGGAACCAAGGGAAACGCCUCACCUGCUGGUGUGCCAAGAUGGAGCUGGGAAACUGAGCUGUUGACUGGAACACUUCUCUGAAUCAGUGUGUCCUUCUUUUCAUCUCUAGUUUUUACAGUCUCCCCAGGGGCAACCUGAAGUCCAGAAUCUUCUCAGUAAGGAUGGGGGAGAUGCUGAAGUUCCCAUUCAACACACUGAUGUCUCCAGCUCUGCAUAGAGCCACAGCGUCAAAGGCAAGAAUCCCAGAUGGCUGCCCACAGUGGUGCGAUACCCUGAUCAUCGUCUAGCAAACUCAGCAUGUGUCCCCUGGGCUCCACCAUCUGCUGGCCAGAGUUCCGGAGGAGCGAGACACCUGGGGGGUCAUCUGAUUCAGGAAGGACCCUUCACUCCCAGCUGGCAGUUGCCUGCAUGUUCUUUAAAUAGUCCCGUCUCGUGACCCCUUCUCUGCGACCGUUCCCAUGUAUGGCUCCUGCCCGCAAGAAGGAAGAUGACACUGUUAUGCAGCCAGGACAACUGUGAAAGAAGGAGCCCUGUACGUGGAGGUCUGGGAAGAGAGAGCCACUUAGCAUGUCCCCACUGAACCAAUCAGCAGAAGGCCUUCCCCAGGAGGCCUCCAACAGAUCCCUGAACACGACAGAAACUCCUGAGGCUUGGGACCCGGGGACUCUCCAGGCGCUCAAGAUCUCCCUCGCCGUGGUCCUUUCCAUCAUCACGCUGGCCACGGUGUUCUCCAACGCCUUUGUGCUCACCACCAUCUUGCUCACCAGGAAGCUCCACACCCCUGCCAACUACCUUAUUGGCUCCUUGGCCACAACAGACCUUUUGGUCUCCAUCUUGGUCAUGCCCAUCAGCAUCGCAUAUACCACCACCCACACCUGGAACUUUGGCCAAGUCCUGUGUGACAUCUGGCUGUCCUCUGACAUCACGUGCUGCACGGCCUCCAUCCUGCACCUCUGUGUCAUCGCUCUGGACAGGUACUGGGCCAUCACCGAUGCCCUGGAGUACAGUAAGCGCCGGACGGCUGGCCACGCGGCCGCCAUGAUCGCCGCUGUCUGGGCCAUCUCCAUUUGCAUCUCCAUCCCACCCCUCUUCUGGCGGCAGGCUAAAGCCAGCGAGGAGAUGUCCGACUGCCUGGUGAACACCUCUCAGAUCUCCUACACCAUCUACUCCACCUGCGGGGCCUUCUACAUCCCAUCUGUGCUGCUCAUCAUCCUGUACGGCCGGAUCUACAGGGCGGCCCGGAACCGCAUCCUGAACCCGCCCUCACUCUACGGGAAGCGCUUCACCACCGCCCACCUCAUCACCGGCUCCGCAGGGUCCUCUCUCUCCUCGCUCAAUCCCAGCCUCCACGAGGGACACCCUCACUCGGCCGGCUCUCCUCUCUUUUUCAACCAUGUGAGGAUCAAGCUUGCUGAUAGUGUCCUAGAACGCAAGAGGAUCUCUGCUGCUCGAGAAAGGAAGGCCACUAAAACCCUGGGGAUCAUCCUGGGGGCCUUCAUCAUCUGCUGGCUGCCCUUUUUUGUGGCAUCUCUGGUCCUCCCUAUCUGCCGGGACUCCUGCUGGAUCCACCCGGCUCUCUUUGACUUCUUCACUUGGCUAGGCUACCUGAACUCCCUCAUCAACCCAAUCAUCUACACUGUGUUUAAUGAAGAGUUCCGGCUGGCAUUUCAGAAGGUUGUCCAUUUCCGGAAAGCCUCCUAGGCCUAUUGGGUGAUGACCUUGUUAUCUUUUGUGUCCUAGUAUCUUGGGUCUUGGUUUGGUCUGCAGAAUGGUUCUGUGUUUUUUCCCCUGCUGUCUUCUCAACUUCUGAGCCACUGAAAGCUGGGCAGCUGUGUGACAGGGAACAGGACGAAAGACUGCACAUAGUGUACCAUUUUCACAGUUCUCCUGCUGGGAGAAACGGACCCGCAGGAGUCCCAUUGGUUCAGUCCAGGUCAGAAGCCAUCUGGCUUGGCAGAAAAGCCUCGGGCUCGAAGAGAAGGCUUUCUGGUCUACCUGAGGUUGGGAUGGUGCUCAAAGGAAGGUGGGCGAGAUUAAGGACCUGAAUUGAAAGAUCAUUUGGAGCUAGGCUGGCGGGGCUUCCUUCCAUGUGGCACCUUAAUUAGAAAAUAAUACCCACGGGCUUCUUUCAUUGAGUCCUCCCUACGUGGAUUCUCUCCCAGUCGUCCACGCGGGGGAGAGUCUUUGAGGUGCCAGUGAUACUGAGUGACUUGGAGAGAUGUUCCAAAGCCAGGGGCAGGCGAGCGAGACGUCUGGGACCAGAUCACCCACCUGCACACGCCCGUCUCCUGUCUCCUUGCGCCACUUCAUGUUCUGAAGUGAAAAUCCAUGAUCAUCGACGCAGGUGGACAGGCCGUGCACCCACCACGCUUUGAGUAGGACGACAUUCUGAAUUUUUUUCUGAAUUAUUUUUUUACAUCCUGUUCUCAUUAGAGAGCUUAAGAUGUUGAGUCUUAUCAAAUAAAAAGCAUGAGACAUCAUG